UCCGUCAUAUACGGAUGCGUCCUCGAUACGUGAGUUCUGCAACAGCUUUAGUAUUAGUGACUGUUUGUGAUGCGUACCCUUUAUGGUGUCACCCUUCACAAGAUCUGAAGAAUUUCCAUGUUUCAUUGAUCUUGCAUAUCAAUGUACGCUUGAGAAAUCAUGGAGUCAUAUGUGUGGACACUUGAAUAUUAUAUGGUCGAUCACAAAAUCAAAUAUUUGAUUUCAGCUAGAAAUUGCCAAAAUGGAUGCAUUGAAUGCAAUACAAAAUGAAUACAAGUAUGCCAUGAGCUUGGGCGAUCCUCGUGUCAGUGGCUGGUUUAUGAUGUCAUCACCAUGGCCAUGUUUGAUGAUUAUGUUGAUGUAUCUUAUAUUUGUGAAAAUUGGUCCAACAAUAAUGGAGAAAAGAAAACCGUUAGAACUAAAAAAUGUAUUAAUAUCAUACAAUAUAGCCUUGGUUUUCCUUUCCGGUUAUUGCUUUACACAAUUUUUUUUUCGAGCAUAUGUUUUUGGUGGCAUUCGAUUUGGCUGUGAAACUGUCGACUACUCUGAUUCGCCUAACAAUUUAGCGAUGGUUGGAACUGGUUGGAUGUUUUAUAUAUCUAAACUAUUGGAAAUGUUAGACACAGUAUUUUUUAUUCUCAAGAAAAAGUUCUCACAGGUUUCAUUUCUGCAUGUUCUUCACCAUUUUAUUAUGCCAAUAUUUGUAUGGAUUGGUGUAAAGUUUGCGGGCGGUGGCAUGACAGCAUUUUUUCCCACUAUCAACUCGCUUGUUCAUUUUUUUAUGUAUACGUAUUAUGGUCUGUCCGCCAUGGGACCAAAAUAUCAAAAGUACUUAUGGUGGAAAAAGUAUAUGACAAAAUUUCAAAUUAUCCAGUUUGUACUAAUCUUACUACACUGCUCACAGUUACUGUUUAUCGACUGUGGUUAUCCACGUUACAUGGUAUGGAUCUUUGUUUUAGGAGCUGCAACAUUUCUCUUGUUGUUUUCUAAUUUUUACAUUCAAGCCUAUCUGAAAAAUACAAAUGAAAAACAACUUAACAAUCGUGUUAAUGGAAGUGCCAUCCCAUUAGGUAAACCGUCCAUACACACAUCAAACGGAAAUGUUAAGGACGAGUAAGAAUCUUCUGUUUUUAUUUAGAUUUCUGGUCGCUGAGUUCAAAAUAUAAGAGAUACUUCCUAUUUUCAUCAGCUUGUAAUAAAUUGCAUUAGAAAAUA